ACAAUAGACCAUCUCUUCAUUCCCCGAGUUGUGAUCGUGCUUGUGCUGGCAUUGUCUGUGCUGGCAGGACUUGGAACUGUGGUUGUGCACUGGACUGAACCCAUUUUAGCCAAGCCUCUGAAGAAAGUGAAACUCUAGAUCAUUACAUCUGCAGACAUGUCUUACAAGCCAGCUGUGCGCUCCCUGCUGCAGCGGGUGGCGACUGGACCCGUCAUGGGGCGGCAGGCGGAGAACCUCCAGGCUCUCUCAGCUGUUAGGAAUCUGCAUGUUAGUGAACCACUCACAGAAAUCUUUAUGAUAAACAGUGAAGAUGAUUUUAAGAACAAAGUUAUGCGCAAUACACUCCCAGUAAUAGUGAACUUUCAUGCCGAGUGGUGUGAGCCGUGCCACUCUCUCAAACCACUGCUGGAGAAGAUUGCUCAGGAGAACGAGGGCCACCUUCAUUUGGCUGAGGUGGCAGUGGAUGAACACGUUGACUUGCUGCAGGCCUUUGAGGUGACAGCAGUGCCGGCAGUCUUGGGGAUCCACCGAGGGAUGGUUGUAGAGAAGUUUGUGGGUUUGGUGUCCCACAAGGAGGUAAAAGGUUUUGUUGAAAAGUUGUUAAAUAAAUAGCACUGUAUAUUAGGUAUUUAAUGAAACUUCACCAAUAAGACAGUUAGUAGUGAAGUGAUAUAUUAUUGAUACUCUAGUACUUGAAGUUUUCAUAUUUAAUAUGAAUAUAUUUUUAGUGGAAUGCAAGUGUGACUGUGUAAAUUUUCUGUAGAAAUUGUACAUCUUAUCUCCAUUGUAUAGUAAGGGCUUCCAUAGCUACUGUUUCAAUCAACAGAGUUCAAAAAUGCCUACCUCCAAGGCACUAGAGGCCUUAUGAGGAAAUUUCACUUUUCAUGUACAUAAUUUAUAUAUAGAUUUUUUGUUGUUGAUUUCCUCUACUGACCAGAUCCAGAUGGGUGACCAAAUUCAUAGUAAGGAAGCAUAGUGUCUACAGCACACACACAGGCAGUGAAGUAAAUGUGAGGCAAAUUAUUGUGGUUUCACUGAAUUUCUUUUUUUUUCAAUCCUCAUUACAUUUGAAAAAAUAAAUGAGCUCUCAGAAAAGACAUUUAUUAUAUACCAUGAGGAUAAUGGUCAAUAUGUGGCCUUUUGCUCAUUGGUUUGUCUAUGUUAAUUGAGCAGGUGUUUACAGAUUGUCUUACCUCAAAUAUGUAAGGUGACAGUCAAGAAAGAAAUUACCAAAUAUAAA